AGUCGAAGAGCGUUGCAUUGUGGGAUGUGGAAUCCAAUACAUUGCGUUUUAAAUCGUAUUUCACUGACAAUGCUUUAAUAAUAACUAACGUAACCACUAAACGGAGUGCAUAAAGAACAAUCAUCUAGAGGCUCAAUCUACAUCAUUUUUUGCAACCUUGCAAUUUUUUCUCCGUAGCAUGUGACCUGAUGUGUGCUGCCGUCAUCUAGAUGUAUGAAUCUGUUCUGGACACAAUUUAGGAACUGUUUUGGAUCACCGAACUUCGGAGCUUUUAAAGGAACUUGUCGUUGGAUGUGUAAAAUGCUGAAUGCUGCAGCAGCCGACAGAAAUAAAGACCCGAUCCUUGAGGUAUUAAAAACAAGGGUGACAUCAGACAGGCAUCUGGUCGCGUUGGAAAUAUCUUCUGGCACGGGACAGCAUGUUGUUCACUUUGCCAAAGCCUUUCCGAACAUUACAUGGCAGCCGUCUGAAGUUGAAGCACAGUCAAUAUCGAGUAUUGAAGCAUAUAGACAGUAUCAUAGGCUGCAGAAUGUAAAGCCACCCAUCUAUCUUGAUGUGUCUCAGAGUUGGGAGAACUGGGGUGGAAUUCAAGCUGAGUCAUGUGACCUCAUCAUAAACAUCAACAUGAUGCACAUCUCACCUCUGGCCUGCACAAUGGGUUUGUUUAAUGGUGUUGGAAAAAUACUGAAGCCCCAAGGAUUGCUUCUGACUUAUGGGCCGUAUGCUUUCAAUGGAUCGAUUACUCCUCAGAGCAAUGUUGACUUUGACCAGAGCUUGAGAUACAGAAAUCCAGACUGGGGUCUAAGAGAUGUAUCAUUACUGACAAAGCUAGGCCAAGAAAAUGGACUGCGAUUGGAGGGAAUUGUUGACAUGCCUGCCAACAACAAGUGCUUGUUGUUUCACAAGGACAGUGUGGUUUGAUAUAAUAUCAGUUUUGUCACACUAUAUUUGCAUAUGUUUGGACUCUGGAGUCUACAGUGCUUUAACGGUUCAAAGAUACUGAAUAUUACAUGCUUUGCUGAAAUUUGUCAUCACUACAUUCUUGGCAAAGAUGUGUUUUUGCAGGAUGUAAUAAUGUGGGUUUAUUUACAUCGGAAUAAAUAAUAAUUUAGACAAAUAUGUUUUAAAAAGAUGUGUACUCACAUGAAAUAAAAAAUAACAACAUUUUACAUCAUUCCAUAAUGAUUUUCACUACGCUGAUUCAUGGAAAAGUAAGUGACUGUGGUUUAUUGCAGGAUAUAAUGUUGAUAGAGUGAAAAUGUAAAUGUAUUAUUUUAAUCAAAUUGAUAUCAAUUUACUAGUUUCAAUCAUAGUUUGAGUGGAUGCCAUGCAGAAUAUUUAGAUGCCUAUACUUAAAUAAAUGUAUGUAAAUUUUGACAUUUCAAGGCAGAAUAGUUGUGUCUAUUUGUUUGAAUUUUCAUGAUACACUAAUACACUAUACUGCUGCUCUUCCUUGAUGCAAUUGAAGAUGGAUAUCCUUGAUCAAUAAACAAUAUCAGUCUAUCAA